CCCAAGAGAAACGACUCCUGCAACUUUUCAUUUCAUCACAGGGAGCGUCAUUUGCGUAAACGUUACAAUGAGAUGGCCUUAUGUAGGUUAUCAGAUGCACUGGAGCCCCCUUGAGCAUGUCUGAAAUUAAUGUCAGAAUGACGAAUAUGAUGAAGGGCUGCGAUGAAUAUUUCAUGCAUGACCCAUAUGAGGAAAAGAGAGAGGGAGAGAGCAGGAGGGAUGCUGAGAGACGCUGUGCGCGGUUCGGCGGAGCCUGAGCUGCUGCUGCUGCUGCUGCUGCUGCUGCUGAUGCGGGGAGGCUGACUGACUGACAGACAGAGAGAGGGAGGGUCUAUUCCACGCGUGGAUUAUUAUUGCUCUGCUUCGCGCUUUAUCCAUAAGGGAAGCACCCGAGGAGAAUCGGAAGAAACCGAAGCCCAGACCCGAAAAGAGCUGUCGUGAGGGACCACAGCGAUCGCUCAGGGUGAUGACGGUGCCCUCGGCCCAUGAGUUUCAUUGGCAGAGCCUGGCGUGUCUUUCCAGUGGCCGCGUGUAUCACUCAUUGGCUGAUGUCGGGGGGCAGCUGUAUAUGGUGGGGGGUUGCAAUGCCUCGGGUCGACCCACCAGCGCUCUUGAUCUCUACUCCCCUGAGGUGGACCGCUGGCUCAGUCUUCCUUCGAUGCCCACACCGAGAGCCGGUGCGGCGGUGGCUGUCUUAGGUAAGCAGCUGCUGGUGGUCGGGGGAAUGGGGAAGGACCAGCGCCCCCUGAAGGCUGUGGAGGUAUACAGCACAGAAGAAGGCAAGUGGAGGAAGAGGUGCUCGCUCAGAGAGGCGUCCAUGGGGCUUUCUGUCACUGUUAGAGACGGCAGAGCUCUUGCUGUUGGGGGAAUGGGAGCAGACCUCCUGCCUAGAAGUGUUCUCCAGCAAUACGACCUUCGCAAGGACAUGUGGGCGCUCCUUCCGCCCAUGCCCACCCCGCGCUACGAUACCAGCAUCUGCCUACUGGGCUCCAAAAUCUACGUGGCAGGUGGACGUCAGUGUAAGCGUUUGGUGAAGGCGUUUGAAGUCUUUGACAUGGAAAGCCGCACCUGGUCCUCUCUACCCAGCCUGCCCUGCAAGAGAUCUUAUUCUGGGGUCUUAUGGGACAGCGCCGGGCAUCUCUGCUGGUUAGGAGGGCUCAGACAAGGAGGAAUACACCAAAGUUCAAAGUUUACCAAGAAUGUUAACAUCUUUGACACCAACCAAGGAACUUGGUUAAAAUCAGAGGACACUGUACCCUUGAAGACCAAGCGAGCAGACUUUGCCGCAGCCAUAGUGCGAGGCAGAAUGAUCGUGGCGGGAGGUCUAGGCCAUCAGCCAUCAGUGCUGGACACUGUUGAAGCCUUCCAUCCUGAAAAAAGAAAAUGGGAGAGGCUGUCGCCUAUGGUGACACCACGUUGCUCUGCCACCAGCAUCGUGAUCCGUGAUCGCUUACUGGUAGUAGGAGGCGUCAAUCAAGUCCCAAGCUCUGCCCACGAGAUUCUAUAUGUAAAAGAGGAGGAGAUUCUUUAACCAUAGAACUUUAGGUUUACACAUCAGAAAAAGUUGCCUUCCGUGAUCAAGUAAAACAUAAAUUUUCACAUAAAAGGUGCGGUCACGUUUACCAUAGCUUUGGGAAAUUUUGCAGGCAAAAUCCAGUCUGUGCGAUUGAGAGUUUUCACAUGAGAGGCAAAAAAAUUCUCAAUUCAGUUGUCGCUCUUCAAGUUGGUCAUGCAAAUCUGCCGCGCUGAGCAAUAGAAAUCUGCUUGGUUUGAAAGUGAUUCUGUGUGAGAUGUGCUUCAUACAUAUCUACGCUAUUGACAGUCGAACUUUUUUUUGCGAAAUUUUGCAGGCAAAAUCCAGAUCUGCACAAUUGGGAAUUUUCCAGCACAGUUUUUCCUCUUGUUUAAGCAAAUUCACCAAGCUGACCAACAGAAAGCUGUUUGGUUCAUGUGGCGAAUUCUCGUGACCAACUUGAAUAUGUUUUCGCCCGCCAAAUUUUGCUAAUGUGACCACACCUUAAAGCCUGAAAUACACUCUACAGUACUCAAAUACGCAAAUGUGAGUGCUUGCAGUGCAUUGCAAAUGCAGUAAGGGAGGCCGUAGUUUCCUUCAAACAUCUGUCUUAAACCGAAUUCAGGUAGCUAGCUACAAACAUGUUAACAGUUUAAAUGUAAAAUGUGUCAUUUUUGCACCCCUAGUGCAAGAUUCUCUUCAAACUGUUGCUCCGCCAUGACAGUAGUUGAGCUAAACAGAGCAAUGACAGUAGAAGACAAUGUUUACAUUUAUUGCCUACUAUAGCACCCCUUGUGGCAAUGCUGACAUAUUUCAUAAUGUGAAGAUGCAUGAAAUCAAACUAGAGCUGAUGUUUAUGUACUUAUGUAGAGUAUGUUUUGAGCUUAAUGUCAGCACAGGAAGGAACUUGAAUGCUAGACUGUUCAAACAAAUAAGCCACACUAUGUGACAAGGAAUAACUAAAGCACAUUGUACGGAACAACAUGUAUUUAAGUUCCACAAAGCUUGCUGUUAAUGCCAUUAUUACAAAAUUCACAGCAACGACAAUCUGCCUUUUAAAGCCAACAGCACCAAACACCCACUGAAUGAUCUAAGCCAACAACAUAUGCACAAACACAGCUUCAGAAACACAAUAAAUAAGUGUUUGAAAUAGAAACAGAUUUAGCAGUCUCCCUAUAACAGUGUAUUGAGAUAUUUUAGGGUAUUUACAGGGUUGCUAAUUAAUCUACUGCUGUUUUUAGCAUGAUUAUUUAGUAAUACAGCAGGUCUUAUUAAUAAAGCGAAGUUUUAACUUUAGGAUAUUAAUUGUGCAUACCUCACUGCAUUAGUUGUGUAGGAGGUGUUAUGUGAACAGAUUUUGAUGGUUUGUAUGGUAAAUAUUGGUUAUUUUUCACUCAUUCUGGUCAGUUUCAUCCUUGUCAAAGGAAACUUGCACUGCUGUAGCACAUACUGUACAUGCAAUCCUUUUUCUAAAUGUUUACAGGGUCUUCAGUAAUUUACAGUAGCAUCAAGUACUUUGUCUUUAAAAACCCUCUGAAAUCAAAAAUUGGGAGUUUUGUGAUUUAAAAAAAAAAAAAUUUAAGGCAAGCCUUUCACAUUGUGAUACCCCAACUAACUUUUUCAAUAGGAAAAACAUCAAAACGGGACUAAAAACUCCACUCUAAACAGAAUUUCAUGGGGUUUUUAAUACUACAAUAAUAAGAUACUGAGUGUGUUUACAUGCACAAUUCAGCUCAUUCUAAAAUCCCAGCAAUGCAAGAAACACUUACAUGAGAUUUGAAAUCAUCGGUUUACAUACAGUAUGCAAACACGAAAAAUAAACGGCCAGGAUUGUGUCUUAAAAAGUUUAUGACCUUCAGCUGAUAAAAGAAAACCUCUUGUGUGUUUACAUGACCUUACAUGCUGCUGGGUUAUUAAACAUAAUCAGUGGAAGACCGUGCAAGUAAACACACUCAUUGUCAGUACAGAGUUCAGAAAUGCAGUAUUUUGAAUAGAAAUAAAGUUGAAAGCCUUUAGGGAAGUCAUCAUAGCUAUGGCCAGUAUCAUUAAAUGGUGUUUACUCUUUUCUAUUAUGAUGUUUUCACUUGGCCAUUUGCUCUCAUUUUGUUAGGAUAAUGUGUCUUGGAUGCACAUAGCAAUAAAAUGAAGCACUGUAAUAAAUGAUUUUCUACAAUGCUUGUACGUUUGUGGUUUUGCCAUUAAAUGAACUUUGUCUCCUG